AUGGUGCUAAGCCAGAAAACAGUGAGUGUCCUGUUGGACACCAAGACAGCAUACUGCCCUUCUGAUGAGUCCCCAGAUGACAUGCUGCUGGGAACUUGGCUCAAGAGACUAGAUAUACCAAUAAUUCACAGCCCUCUCUUCCAUCAGGCCAGACCAGAUGACUAUGCUGGGGAUUAUCUUGGUCACCAGGAAGAACCUAUUUCUUUCCAUAAACAUUGGAUGGUAGAUCCAUAUAAAGUAUAUAACCAGUGGUUGAAAGAAAAGGAUAUAGCCAAGGAAAACCAACCUGAAAAACCAAGAAAACCAAAAAUUAUCAUUGAAGAUGUCCAUGAUGAGUUAUAAAAGUGUUAGAUGCUCCUCAGUCAUCUCACAACAUUAUUUGCAUCCAAGUCCUUACUAUUCCUACAGUAUAGUUUAAACCUAGCUUAUUCUUACCCUCUGCUAUCAGAAGCUUCUUAAAUAGUGUACAAAAUUAAGGUAUAGGCCCUUGUGGGAAGGUAUACACCCAAUCAGCUUGUCUGCUCUUACGAAACUUCUGGGCCCAAACUUCUCUGCCCGUACCUGCCCCUUGAACGGUAGCUCAGUAGCAGAGGAGGGUGAUUGUUGGGUUGGAUAUUUUCGCUCAGCUUGGCAUAUGGAGUAGGUCUGAAGCCAUGCUAGACAUGCAUUAUGCUUCUCAGCACCUACUGGUAGGUGUGAAAUCACCCUUACUGAAAAACACAAAGGAUAUGUCUGACAAGGAACAGGUUCCCUUGAUCAUGUCAAAUCUCACAGGGUCAGAUACAAUAAUUUUGUAGCAGAGUACAUGCGGACCCUGUGGUUAGAGUAUAGCUUACUCUCUGUGGACAGUGCAGGAUUUUCCCCGUGAAAAACUCCUGCUUACUGAAUUUUCAAGGGGUAAGCAGCAUUAUUUUCCAACGAACCAAUUUGGGAUCCUCCUUUUCUGUCAUUUGUCAUAUCUCUUGUAAUAUAAAAGUGAUCAUUUUUCAAAUGCUGCCACCCCUCCAAGUUUGGAUUCUCAUACUGCCAUUAUUUAUUUCAUUUAUACCCAACAAAUGUGUGCAUUCUUUAUUUCGUAAUCUGCAGAAGUAGAAGUGUGCAAUUUUUUGACAGAAUUAAUGAAUUGAGUAUGUCGCUGUAAAACAGGGUUUUCUGCUAUGUGUGUUCAAUGGAAAACCAGCUUGAUCAACAGUUCAAGUUGGGUUUUUUCUCAAAACUUGAGUUUAUAGAAAGCUGCACAUCUUGUUUGUUGAAGUAUAGUUCAGAAGGCUCCCUUGCAGCUUUUGCUUGCAAGCAUCAACAUUACAGACUAAAAUGCUGCUGAUUGCAACUUUCCUUAGAUGAAUUUAAGGGCAGUAUUAAUCCAGAAGAUAAAUUUAGUUGAAAAUUGCAUCAAAUGUGCAAAAAUGUUGUCAAGUUAAUCUAGUGGUUCAAGUAACCUCCAAACCUUUUCCAUCUAUAAAUUCUCUCAAUAGAAUCUCUAGUCUAUUCUAGUCUAGUGUUUUAUUUAUACUAGCGAGUAGCGAUUGUAAUUAUUGUCCCGGUAAAUAUUGUCAUUGCUUUAAUAUUUUUAAGUAAUAUAAUCUGUGCAAUUUCCCUAAUUUUGUCUAGUUAGGGUGCAUUUUAAAACUGCUCAGUAUACAAUUAAAUUGCAUUUGAAUAUGGGAUGACCUUUCUGCAAAAUCAGUCCCACAAAUCCCACUGCUGUAUUGUGCUUAUUUUGUAGCACAUUAAAGAGGCCAGGUAUAUUGAAUCUUAUUACAGAUGUAGGUCUGACAUGUCUUUUAAACCCCUUUAAACUUACGCAUUUGUGUAUCUUUUCAGAAUUUUGACUAAUUUCUUAUUUUACAUAAUGUAUAUGGCAAUAUCUUUGGUUAAUAUUUUUCUCCAGAAUUCCAUUCAUACACAGAUAGUGCAGGUGUACAAUGUAAGAGCA